UUGGACUUGCUGUAUUAGAUGGCAGCAGCAGUCAAGUCAUAUAUUUGUAUCAGAUGUUUAUGCGUUGGUACAGAUAUUAAAAAUUAAAAUUAAUAAUUUAUUCGUUGAGUUUUUGUUACUGUGUCAAUCAGUCCGAGUUAAUUUUAAUUAAACUCGAAUAAAUAAUUUAAAUAAUUAUUCAAACUACGAAGUUAUUAUUUAUUGGCGUAUGAAGUGACGUUAAUAUUUAAAAUGCCGUGUGAAAUGAUAACUCUCCAGCUUGGUCAAUGCGGCAAUCAAAUUGGCUUUGAAUUUUGGAAGCGACUUUGCGCUGAACAUGGAAUAAGUCCAGAGGGGAUACUUGAAGAAUUUGCAACUGAAGGUACUGAUAGAAAAGAUGUUUUUUUCUAUCAGUCUGAUGAUGAACAUUAUAUACCUAGAGCUGUAUUACUUGAUCUUGAACCUAGAGUUAUUCAUACGAUCAUGAAUUCCCCAUAUUCUAAACUGUACAAUCCAGAGAAUAUUUAUUUAUCAAAGCACGGUGGUGGUGCUGGUAAUAAUUGGGCAUCUGGAUAUCAUCAGGGAGAGAAACUUCAAGAAGAAAUUUUUGACAUACUGGAUCGCGAAGCUGAUGGUAGUGAUAGUCUGGAGGGAUUUGUAUUGUGCCAUUCAAUUGCUGGAGGAACUGGUUCUGGUAUGGGUUCGUUUAUGUUAGAGUCUUUAGCUGAUAGAUUUCCAAAGAAAUUGAUUGAAACUUACAGUGUAUUUCCAAACCAAGAUGAAAUAAGUGAUGUCGUAGUACAGCCAUACAAUUCUCUGCUGACACUAAAAAGAUUAACCCAAUGUGCUGACUGUGUCGUAGUAUUAGACAACACAGCACUAAACAGAAUAGCAUCAGACCGACUGCACAUUCAAAAUCCCAGUUUUACUCAAAUCAACAAGCUAGUAUCAACAAUAAUGUCCGUCAGCACAACAACUCUAAGAUACCCAUCUUACAUGAACAACGACCUGGUUGGUUUGAUCGCACCAUUGAUUCCAACCCCACGUCUUCAUUUCCUCAUGACCGGAUACACGCCGCUGACGACAGACCAAGAAGGUCAGUCUGUUCGGAAAACGUCAGUGCUCGAUGUGAUGCGUCGACUUUUGCAGCCAAAGAACAUGAUGGUGUCCACAGCACUGGACAGAAAUGCCUCGCACUGUUACAUAUCAAUUUUAAAUAUCAUUCAAGGAGAAGUUGAUCCUACCCAAGUUCAUAAAUCUCUCCAGAGAAUAAGAGAACGUAAACUGGCGCAGUUCAUACCUUGGGGACCGGCUAGUAUCCAAGUCGCGCUUUCAAGGAAAUCUCCAUACAUUCAAAGUGCUCACCGUGUUUCCGGUCUUAUGCUUGCCAACCACACCAACAUAUCAUCACUGUUUGAUCGCGCUCUUCAGCAGUAUGACAAAUUACGGAAACGCGAAGCUUUUCUUGAGCAAUUCAAAAAAGAAAAAAUGUUUGAAGAUAAUUUAGAUGAACUUGAUAAUUCACGCGAAGUUGUUGAGUGUCUGGUUAAAGAAUAUCAAGCUGCCACGAGACCUGACUAUCUUACAUGGAGUCCUAACAAAGCUGAAUAAAAUAAUUUA